AUGAGUCACGUGACAGUCUGGCCUGUAGACGACAGGAGCUCAGGCUCAGUCAGAUGGGUGAGGUGGACUGGUGGCGUGAGCACCUUGAGCUGGGUCUGCAGCGGCACCACGAAGGUGCAGCGGACCAGCCUGCCGAGCCCGCUGCAUUCCUCGCAGUGGCUCAGCCUUCAGCUGCUCACGCAGGAAAAGAAGGGCCUUCCCCCUCCGCUCGGCUGCGGCCGCUGCGCGACCGGGCGCCUGAAGUGGAACACGUGGAACUCGACCGCGUACGUGUCGAGCGUCCCCUUCACGAGUGGGACGGAAGGCUACGCGUGCUUCAAGGUCCCAGCCCUGCUACGCACGGCCAGCGGCGCGCUGCUGGCCCUCUCGGAGGCCCGGGGAGGGGCCUGCGGCGACUUCGACCCCACCGAGCUGGUCUACAAGCGCUCCGUGGACGGUGGGAGCACCUGGGGGCCCCUCGCCCGCCUCGUGGAACCACAGGGCGACGCGUCCAAGCUCGGCGUCUGCGGGCACAGCCUCGUGAUCGGCAACGUGGCCCCGGUGCAGCUGGGCAGCAGCUCCUCGCGCCACCCCGGGCGGAUCCUCGCCCCGCACACGCGGAACAACUUCGAGGUGUGGAUCACCUACAGCGACGACGACGGGCAGACUUGGUCCACAGCCGCCAGGAUUCCCAACGUGACUCUCACGGCGGCAGAGCCCGACUGCUACAGGAACAUGUCGUACUUUGACGUAGCGGGCGUCGACACGCUGCGACUGGACCACCUGGAGAGCUUCACGACGUGGCUGGAACAACUCUGCCAACCUCUGGCGGACCCCUAUCUCAACACCACGUGGACCCAGAAGCUCUCUGGACCAUGGCAGUUUGUUGGCGUUGGCCCACCAGGUGCCUUGCAGCUCAGCGGUGGCCGCGUGCUCGUCCCGGCCUAUCACAGCUACGUGCGUGGCCUUGAUGGAUCGAACGGCACCUUGCCAGUUUCCCAGCUGUAUAACAACUUCGCCCUGGGGCACACGCUGAUAAGCGAUGAUGAUGGGGACACCUGGCGGCUGGGAUGGACAGGCUUGCCGCAUGGAGAUGGGGCUAACGAGAAUCAGCUGGUACAGCUGCCUAACGGGUCGGUGCUCAUGAACGCUCGUUCGCUUUCCACAGGCUCUCCGCAACAGCGAGUGCAAGCGCGCAGCGACGAUGGCGGUGAGACGUUUGGUCCCUCCCGCAUCGUCCCUGAGUUGCCACAGCCGUUCAACGGCUGUCAGGGUUCCUUCGUUGGAGGCGAUGCCAGCGUUGUGUAUGUAGCUGGCCCAGACCCUCCGAAUAGAACCGACGUCCUGCAGAAGGCUCUCGACCACAUGGGCUGCCGUGACAUCCGGAUGACUGGCCGGAGUCACGUCACAGUUUGGAAGAGUACCGACGGCGGGGGCUCAUACCCAGAGAAGCUGCUAAUAGAUUCAGGUCUGUCUGCACAGACUUCUCUGCAGCACCACGGUGGACAGCUCAGCUUGCUGUACGAGCAGGCAGACCCAUCUCCCGAAACUGUCGAGAACGAGAUUCUGCAGGUCAUGAUCAAGGAUCUGAAAGUACUGCUGCCAGAUCGGGUCGUGUACCGUAGCGUGGACAGAAUCAGAGUCGCUCCAGCAUCGACCUCCCAAAUUCAUCUUUCCUUAUUCAUUCCCAGUUCGGAUUGCUCUGUUUGCUUCUUCUCCAUCGAGGCCCAGGUGAGCCAACGAUGCCAACAAUGGUGA